AUGGUAUGGCCGUUUGGAACAUCGGCCUCUGGACGUGACGCAAACGACGACGAGCCAAAGAAGCGGCCGCUCUCAUGGCCCGAAUCCCUUGGCCCCGCAGACCGGGACCAGUUCGCGGCGGCCAAAGAAUGGGCGCCCAUGGUCCUGUUCUCUCUCGUCGGCCUCGGUGCGCUGCAGCUAUACGCCAACUACCUCCGCCGUAUACCAGGAUCGGCCUACGUCCGACCGAACUUCUUCCGAAGCAGGAGCCUCUUUGGCAGAGUCACGAGCGUGGGCGACGGUGACAACUUCCACUUGUUUCACACUCCUGGCGGGCGGGCUGUCGGCUGGGGCUGGCUGCGGAAGGUGCCAGAAUCGAGAAAGGAGCUCAAGGAUCGCACGAUAUCCAUACGCCUUGCGGGUGUCGACGCCCCAGAAGGCGCGCAUUUUGGACGCCCGGCGCAACCCUUUAGUGGCGAAGCGCUCAAGUGGCUAUCCGACUACAUCCUGCACCGCAAUGUGCGAGCAUACAUUUACAAGCGAGACCAGUACAACCGCAUCGUGGCGACAGUGUACGUCCGACGGUUCCUAAUGCGGCGGAACGUGGGCCUCGAGAUGGUGAAGCGGGGGCUGGCAACGACGUACGAGGCCAAGUCCGGGGCCGAGUUUGGCGGGUUAAAGGCAGUCUACGAGAAGGCUGAAGCGAAGGCGAAGAGAAAGCGGCGCGGCAUGUGGUCUGGUAAAGCGAACGCAUUCGAGAGCCCGCGAGAGUACAAAACACGUUGGGCCGGCCAGCAGAAACCUGACGAGUGA